AUGCCCCUCGGUGGACGCACUUCUGAGGCAGAAACAAUUUCGGAUGAUAACGAAAACAGUAUUGACUCUGAGCGAAAGUCAAAAACACCAGCACUACUUUCGGAUAUCGAGGGGCUUCUGAACAAGAGUCAAUCGUAUACCAAUGACCCCAAGUCUCAUUUCCCAUAUAGACGUAACGAUUCAGGCUUUGUCGAUUCCGCCUACGGUUCAGACGACUCUUCACCCGAUGAGGGUCAAACAUUUUCAGGACCAGUAUAUCAGACUGGCUCCAGGGCCUCACCUCCGUCCAGCCUUUCCGAGACUUCUCUACCCGAUUCGGACAUUGAGCAUGAUCGGCAAUCGUCUGAUAGCCUUUCAGACUCCCAGGGCGAUCGGUCUGAUUCGACCUCAAGUCAAUCGUCUGGAGACAUCAACAUCGUCUCAAGCGAUACUCCCUACGGUAUCAUGCCUUUCGGUGCAGGUCAUGACCGUCCAGUCAGAAACACCUCAAUGACAGCCACACCAACUGAGUCCGCCAAUUUUUCCAGUCCAACUAACUCGCCUGACAAUGAUGCACUAGCAUCGUACCUGGGGACUCGGCUAAAGGACAUAGGAGAAUCAGACCAGGAAAGCAGCUAUCAGCCGCCAGCUGGACCGUUCCUCCACCGUGGACCAGACUACUCUCAAUUAACACUCAAGUCAUCCCGAGCAAACUCUCUACAGAGGACUGCUAGUAUUCAUGGUAGACCUCAAAGGCGAUGUAGCGGAGUGAGAUCGAGUUCCUCUGGAACAUCUAGUCUGUCCUGUGCAAGGGGAUCCAACAAUCGUUUGAGCUCCAAUCGCGAAGAAAUGCAGAGAGCUAGGGAUCAAUACUAUGAGGAUCCAUAUGCUGAUACUUCCAAGACUGAUCUCGAAAUCUACGAAGAAUAUUCGCGAUCGGGCAUUCCUAGAUCUUCGAUGUCUGGGAUCAUCUCGCCUAUCAGCCCUCAAAUGCACACAGGUGAAUCCACUGGAGUGCAGAAAUGGACAAACGAACAAACCUCCUCCGUCUCCAGCCGAUCAAACGCUAGAAGCUAUAUCCCCUCAUUCUUGCAAAAUCGACGAAGGCGCUCUAUCUCCUCACGAGGUACCUCCAAUACAGGUAAAAGUCGAUUAUCUGUCAAUUGGCAACCUUCAAUAAGCUAUAUUACGAAUAAGAUGAACAGAUGGAAGAACAAUCUCAGUAGCAGGUUCUCAAGGACCACUGAAGACCCACUACCAAGACGCAAAGCUUCUGACGUUGAGGCAGAACUAUAUGGUAAUAUAUCUCAGAAAGAAGCGAGAAGAAGGAUAGAAAGACGAUAUCAGUCCCUCCGUGCGGAAGGUACGAGGUACUUUGUCCCACGAGAAAUGCAGGAAUGGAUCAGUCAAUUGCCAAUGGAUAGCAAACCUGAACCUGAGAAAGAAGAAUCAAGAAUUCCAUCAAUAUCGCUGACUUCGGUCAAUGACGAAGUGGACGAUUGGUUCAGAAGUCCAUCCUUUGAUCAACCUAGUUCUGGAUCAUCUCGUACGGGAGUGUCCCUGGAAGAUGCAUUGAGUAGGCUCAGGGAGGAAAGAAGGAUCAAAGAUCAACAACUUGCUGAAUACCAAUCACAGGAUAAUGUCUUUGCCAGAUAUUGGGGGAGCCACACUGAGGAAGGGAAGUAUGACGCGACGGAAGAUGAGCAGGACAUUAGCAUUCUGAGAUCCCAGAUUAGUACUUUACGAGAUAGGUUGGGUGAAUUGGAGUCUAGGUUUUACCAAUUUUAA